UUGGUCUGCAAGUAAAAUAGUUAUUUAUCUCAAGAUUUUAAAAAUUUUUCAAAAAAAAAUAAUUUUUAGUGUAAAAAUAUGAAUUUCGAUAUAAAUGACGAUGAUCCUUAUGAUGAAGAAAUUAUACUAAGAAAAAGAAAUACAACGUCACAAAGGAAAUCGCAACCAUUAUGGGAUUCUUUUGAAGAUCCACCACCAGAAGUAACAUCUGGUUCUUUAGCAAAUUGGAAUAAAUUUGGAGCUUUCUUGAAAUUUUUAAAAAUUAUAACAUAUAUUACUGUUUUUAGUAUUAUAUUAGUUUCUAGUAUAGUAUCCAAAAACACUUAUAUAUUGAUGACAUCACAGCUUCAACUUGGACAUAAUGCAAGAUAUUGUGAUAUAAGACAUCCUGAUACAGAAAAAUAUGCAUUUAUACCAGAAAAACAAAGAAUAUCUUGGGUAUGGACUCUAAUAUUUUCAUUUGCUGUACCUGAAAUUUUUACAUUUUUAAGAGUAGCAAGAGUAUGCUUCUUUAAAAAUGUAAGAUUUCCAACUGUAAAUGAAAUGGUAUUGAUUGGUGGAAUGGAAACAUUGCAUACAUUUGGAUUAGCUAUGUUAACAUUUUCAGUUUUACCAUUAUUAGAUUCUGCAAGAGGUCUUAUGUUAGCUAAUUGUGUAUGUUUAGUUCCAGCAAUAAUAGGUUUAUUUUCUGGAAUUGGAUUAAAUUGCAAAUCGUUAUUGUUUUUUAUUCUUGGUGCUAUUGCAUUAUGUGCUCAAGUUACAGGAUUUUUAGUAUGGCCGUUUUUGGGUGGUCAACCUCAACUUUGGUUAUUAAUUCCAGCUUUAAUAUUAAUAUCUUUUCGAUGGUGGGAAAAUUAUUGUGCUGGAUUACCAUCUAGUUCAUUUUUAAGGUACUUAGUUGAAAUAAGACAACAAUUAAUUGAAUGCAGGCCUUAUAUUUAUCUUUUUGUGGCACCAUUUAAAAUUAUAUUCUUUGCUAUUGCAUCACUUUUACUUGAUGGUCAAAAUUUUAAAUCAUAUUUUGAAUAUUUUUUAUCGGGAUGGUAUCAACACGAUAUUAUUAUAAAAAAUAAAAUUCCAUUGUUUACGGAUCAAAAUACAACUGAUUCUGAGUUCGAAAAAAUUAAGUCUGAACCAAUGGCGCACAUCUGGAUUUUCAUAAUUCAUAUUUUUACAUCAUAUUUAUGUUAUAUAACGGCGAAAUUUGCAUGUAAAAUUAAAAUACAAGAAUUUAGUUUUGCGUUACCAUUGACAUUAGCUGGACCAUUUUCAUUGGGUCUUCUAUUAUCAUUAUCUGGGAUACGUGAAAUGGAUGUAUGUGUUUUUCAUAAUUACUUUCCAGAUUACUUGGCAUUUAGAGGAAUUCCUAUUUAUAAUGUUUGGAAUUAUAUAUUGGACGAAUAUAUUUAUGUGUGGGUAAUAUGGUGGAUAUCACAAUUAUGGAUAACAAGACACAUUUGGAAACCGAAGAAUGAUCGAAAUGCAUCUACAGAAAAAUUAUUUAUUUGUCCAUGGUAUUGUAGUUUUCUUAUUGAUCAAUGUAUUUCAAUGAAUCGAAGAGUUUUAGAUCAAGAAAAAUUUGUUGAAUAUAUGGAUUCUGUUACUUUUGUUAGUCCAGAAAAUACAAAAUCUAGUAAAAGACGAGAUUCUGAAAUAAAAUUAAGUGAUAGUAUUCCACAGCUAAUAGUAUGUGCUACUAUGUGGCAUGAAAAUGAAGAAGAAAUGAUGGAAUUUUUAAAAUCUAUCUUACGUUUAGAUGAAGAUCAGUGUGCUAGACGAAUGGCUAGGAAAUAUUUAAAUAAUGGAAAAUAUGAUGAAGAAUAUUAUGAAUUAGAAAUAAAUAUAUUCUUCGAUGAUGCAUUUAUUAUUGAUAAGAGAUGUGAAGAUCCUGAAAAUCCACCAAUAAAUAUGUUUGUUAAAAGUUUAGUUGAAAGUAUUGAAAAAGCAGCCGAAGUUGUUUAUAAUACAAAAAUUAAAAUAAAACCUCCAACAAAAAUUAAAACACCAUAUGGUGGACGUUUAAUAUGGACAUUACCUGGUCGUACAAAAAUGAUUGCCCAUUUAAAAAAUAAAGAUAAAAUACGUCAUAAAAAACGUUGGUCACAGGUUAUGUACAUGUAUUAUUUAUUAGGAUUUCGUAUAAUGGAAAUGGAUGGUAUAUCACCAAAACGUAAAAUUGUAAUUGCACAAAAUACAUUUAUAUUAGCAUUGGAUGGUGAUAUUGAUUUUCAACCACAAGCUGUACAUUUACUUAUUGGACGUAUGAGAGUUGAUCCAGAUUUAGGUGCUGCAUGCGGUCGUAUACAUCCAGUUGGUAAAGGUCCAAUGGUAUGGUAUCAAGUAUUUGAAUAUGCAAUUGGUCAUUGGUUACAAAAAGCAACAGAACAUGUUAUCGGUUGUGUACUCUGUAGUCCUGGCUGUUUUUCAUUAUUUCGUGGUAGAGCAUUAAUGGAAAAUAGUGUAAUGAAAAAAUAUACAACUGUAUCAAAAGAGGCAAGACAUUAUGUACAAUAUGAUCAGGGUGAAGAUAGAUGGUUAUGUACAUUAUUAUUAAAACAAAAAUUUCGUGUUGAAUAUUCAGCUGCAUCAGAUGCAUAUACACAUGCACCAGAAAAUUUUAAUGAAUUUUAUAAUCAACGUCGUCGUUGGGUACCAUCAACAAUCGCAAAUAUAUUUGAUUUACUCGGUGAUGCAAAAUUAAUUGUUAAAAAUAACAAUAGCAUAUCAACACCAUAUAUUAUAUAUCAGGGUAUGUUAAUGGUUGGUACAAUAUUGGGGCCUGGUACAAUAUUUUUAAUGGUUAUUGGUGCUGCUGUUGCAGUAUUUUCGGUUGAUAUAUGGACAUCAUUUAUAUAUAAUGUAAUACCUGUAGCUGGAUUUAUGUUAAUAUGCUUUUUUAUGAAACAAAAGUAUCAGUUGAUAGCAGCUUUUAUUAUAAGUUCAUUGUAUUGUUUGGUGAUGAUGGCUGUUAUUAUUGGUAUAGCAAUUCAAAUGUUAGAGGACAGUAUAUAUUCCCCAACAUCACUUUUCUUCCUUUCUGUUGUCUUGCAAAUAACUAUCACAGGUGUUUUACAUCCACAAGAAUUUGGAGCAUUAUGGUGUGGUAUAAUUUAUUUUAUUACUAUUCCAUCUAUGUAUAUGUUGUUAUUGAUUUAUUCGGUUUUUAAUAUGAAUGAUGUUUCUUGGGGUACCAGAGAUAUAAAACCUCCACAAGAUCAACAAGAGGAUAAAAACAAAUCAAAUUUAAAUGAUAAAAAAAUGUCUAAAUUUCAACAAUUAUUUUAUAAUUUAAAACCAAAUAAAGAUGAAGAAGGAAGUUUUGAUUUAGCAUGUUCUGGUUUAUUUCGUUGUAUGUUUUGUACACAUCAAAAGACUAAUACAACUGAAACUCAAUUACUUUUAAUAUCAGAAAGUCUAACAGAAUUGAAUACAAAAUUAAGAACUCUCGAAAUGAAAUUAUCUGGGGAAAUUGUGGUUAUGUCGCAGCCAAGUGAAGAAAAUAUUCAUGAAGAUCCAAAUAAAAAAGAAUCUGAAGAAAAUGAAAAAACUCCUCCAAAAGAAGAAAUAUAUGAGCCCGGUUGGUUAGAUGAUCCAUUAUUAAAUGAUUUCCAAAUAUCAGAUUUAUCACCUCAGGAAACAAAAUUUUGGGAAAAAUUAAUUGAAAAAUAUUUACGUCCUUUAUUCCAAAGCGAUGAUGAUAAAAAUAAAGUGAAAGAAGAAUUAAAAGGCUUACGUGAUAUCGUCUGUUUUGCAUUCGUCAUGAUAAAUGCUUUAUUUGUUUUGGUCGUUUUAAUUUUACAGAGUAAGAAAAGUGUUUUGCAUUUUAUUUGGCCAUUUCAUGCAAAAGAUACCAUAACAUUUAAUGAACGACAUGAAGUGAUGAUUUUUCGAGAGCAUUUAGAAUUGGAUCCAAUUGGUUUAUGUUUUGUUUUAUUGUUCGGUUUAAUUUUAUUCAUUCAAUUUGUUGCAAUGUUAUUUCAUCGUUUUGCAACAAUUUCACAAAUAUUAGCAACAACACAAUUAAAUAUAUUUUGUUGUGGAUCAAAUGAUGAUGAUAAUGAAGAUACUUUUAUUGAAGAAUUGCGUGGCACAACAGUUGAAAUUGCUAAAAAAUCACAGAAACCAAAAAGAAUUGAUGAAGAUGAUUCCGAUGUUGAAGAUAAUUCUGAUGAACCAAUUCGUAGAAAUACGAUAUAUAGAUUGACUUCUUCAAAAGCAUAUAAUGAUCCAAAAGAUUGGAGUGAUUUGCAAACGAAUUUUGAAAGAAGAUUUGAAGCAGGUAAACUGAAGUAUAAUGAAGUACCGUUACGCCGUAAAACAAUAACAAGGCUUGAAAAUAAUCGAAAAUCUGUAAUUGAACGCCGAAGAACUGUUUUGAAUGAACGCAGAAAUAAUUUAUUAGGAAAUGGUUACAUUAAUGGAAAUGAUAAUCCAGCUUUUGUAUCUGACUAUAAAACGGAAUGAAAUUAAAUUAUUUACAAAAUAAUAUAAUUUAAAUGAAAUAUAAAAUAUAACAUAAUAU